GCUGCUGGCCGUCCGCUCUUCAGCAGCCGGCCGGGGGCGGUGGGACGGCGGCGGGCGGCGACGGCGGAGCGAUCGCUGGGCGGCGGGGCCCGAGGCUGUGCGUGGAGCGUCAAAAUGGUUUCCAUCCCAGAAUACUACGAAGGCAAAAGCAUCCUCCUCACUGGCGCCACGGGUUUCCUAGGGAAGGUGCUUCUGGAGAAAUUGCUGAGGUCUUGUCCUAAGGUGAAUUCAGUGUACGUUUUGGUGCGACAGAAAGCUGGACAGACACCUCAGGAGCGAGUAGAAGAACUUGUUAGUUGCAAGCUCUUUGACAGAGUGAGAGAUGAGAAUCCAGAUUUCAGGGAGAAAAUCAUAGCUGUCAACAGUGAGCUCACUCAGCCUAAACUGGCUCUCAGUGAAGAAGACAAGGAAGCCAUCAUAGAGUCGACCAACAUCAUAUUCCACUGUGCGGCCACAGUGAGGUUCAAUGAGAACCUCAGAGAUGCUGUGCAGUUAAAUGUAAUCGCGACACGACAGCUUAUUCUCCUGGCGCAGAAAAUGAAGAAUCUGGAAGUCUUCACGCACGUGUCAACAGCAUAUGCCUACUGCAAUCGAAAGCAUAUUGAUGAAGUCGUCUAUCCACCCCCUGUGGAUCCCAAGAAAUUGAUUGAUUCUUUAGAGUGGAUGGAUGAUGGCCUUGUGAAUGACAUCACACCCAAGUUAAUAGGCGACAGGCCCAACACAUACAUUUACACGAAAGCACUGGCUGAGUAUGUCGUACAGCAGGAAGGAGCCAAGCUCAAUGUGGCAAUCGUGAGGCCAUCAAUUGUUGGUGCCAGUUGGAAAGAACCUUUUCCCGGAUGGAUUGAUAACUUUAAUGGACCAAGUGGACUUUUUAUUGCGGCAGGGAAAGGAAUCCUUCGGACAAUGCGCGCCUCCAACAACGCCCUUGCAGACCUUGUCCCUGUAGACGUAGUUGUCAACACAAGCAUUGCGGCAGCCUGGUAUUCUGGGAUUAACAGACCAAGAAGCAUCAUGGUGUACAACUGCACAACAGGAAGCACUAACCCUUUCCACUGGGGUGAAGUUGAAUACCAUGUAAUUUCCACUUUCAAGAGGAAUCCUCUCGAACAGGCCUUCAGACGGCCCAAUGUAAAUCUAACCUCCAAUCACCUUUUAUAUCAUUACUGGAUUGCUGUAAGCCAUAAGGCCCCAGCAUUCCUGUAUGAUAUCUACCUCAGGAUGACUGGAAGAAGCCCAAGGAUGAUGAAAGCGAUAACUCGUCUUCACAAGGCUAUGGUGUUUCUUGAGUAUUUCACAAGUAACUCUUGGGUUUGGAAUACUGACAAUGUCAAUAUGCUAAUGAAUCAACUAAACCCUGAAGAUAAGAAGACCUUUAAUAUUGACGUGCGACAGUUACAUUGGGCAGAAUAUAUAGAAAACUACUGCAUGGGAACUAAGAAAUAUGUCUUGAAUGAAGAGAUGUCUGGCCUCCCCGCAGCUCGCAAACAUCUCAACAAGUUGAGAAACAUACGCUAUGGUUUCAAUACUGUCCUGGUGAUACUGGUCUGGCGCAUUUUCAUUGCAAGGUCACAAAUGGCAAGAAACAUCUGGUACUUUGUGGUCAGUUUGUGUUACAAGUUUCUGUCGUACUUUAGAGCAUCUAGCACCAUGAGGUACUGAAGACAAGAAGCUCACAUUCGAGCAUCUACGCAGAUGGUGGUCUGAGUGCACAAGAUGUAAACGUACUUAAAGCCAUCUCAUCUUUUGUCUAGACAUUAAAUCAUUUUAUGGAGUAAAUUAUGGUACAUUUAUGUAACAUUUUGAUGUCUCUGCUCAUAAAGCUCUAGUAGACACUGGUAUGCCAGCCUAAAUCUACAGUAUCCACCAAGCCCUAGCAGUUUGGAUUCCUGGGGCAAAGGAAUGUGGUGGGGAAAUAGGGAUACUGACCCGCUUAACUGUGCAGUUCUGGAACAUGCUAAUUAAAAUAUGCCUUAACACACAAUACAUUUCUAAUUCUAAGACUUAGUGCAAUGAAGAUCAUUUAUUUGAACAAAUACUAUCUAAGUUAGUAAGUAUUUUAUUCAUUGUCUGAUUUUUUUUUUAAUCAGUUGCAGUGAGUUUUAGUUUUGUUAAAAAUUAUAGUCGCACUACUCACAUCAUUUUACAAUGUCUUAUUUUUAUUUCUCUGUUAGAAGUCUGAUGCAUGUCAUUUUUCUGUAAGCAAUCCUCUGCUUUCAUGAUCAUAACCCUAGUGGGUCUCAAUGGUUUUAAAAAAUCUUUGUCAACUUAUGCGGUAUGGUUUUUGAAAGAAAAUGAAGGCAGAUUCACCAAGGUCACUGGUGUCAAGAGUAAGAAUAGGAGAGCAUGUUUGUUGCCCGUAUCGUGGCCCAGUGCAGAUCUGUCCUGUGAGAUCUCGCCCAGGCUCUGGGGCUCAAGGCUCUGGGGCUCGGCAGGGCAUGAGCCUUUAUGCCUGUGUGCCCUUCCCUCACAGGUUUUAUCGCCAAGACUUUAAAAAGGCUUUGACUUUUUUAAAUCAAACUGAAAGUGCAUUAUUAUGGGAAGAAUGUAUUUGCAGGGUUUCCUAACAUUUGUCACUUGUUAAAAACACAACACAAACUAAUUUUUGAUCUUGAGAACUGAAAUCCUUCAGGGAAAAAAACAUGCAUAACACCAUGUGUAUAAAGUUCAAGAACUUUAUUUACAUACCAUCUAAAGUAACAAACUGAUGAAUGAGUCUGAAAAUUUCAUUUAUUUUUUUCUGCAUGGGGGUUUAGCUUUAGAAAAAUACAUUAUAGGAGCAAGUAAUAGCAACAAAUUAAUGUGUAUUUUAAUGAUAACAUUAUAAUUCCCUUUAAACCUAAUUGUAGUUAACUCUACUUACUGUUUUAAUAUACAUUUUGUUCAAUACAUUGAUCAGCUUAACACAUCCUAAUUUAGCUGAUCAAAUUGUACUAUAUUUGACUCAACAAUGUUACCUUGUAUAUGUUUAAUGCAGUCGUUCACAAAACAGAAAGUUACAUAGAACAUUACAUCUUACUCUUUAUUGUCAACUGAAAUGCAGUGUAUAAGAAGUUUAUUUUUUACUGUGAAAAGCCUAAAUGUAAAGGAAGUCACCUUCGUCGUGCAGGUGUGUACUCUUGAAAAGGAACUUUUAAACAUUAUUUUAAAAGAAAUAUGUAUAUAAAUAAAUAGAGAGAUAGAUAUUCUUUAGAAUGAUUCAAACGUCUCUGGUCUAGGACCAUACCUUAUAAAAGGUGUGAGAGACCACUAACUGUGUCAAAAAUGAAAUAGAUAAUGCCUUUGAUUUACGGUGACCCAUGUAAUCUGCAGAUGCUCUGUACCUUGGGCAUACAAACACAUAACUCCAUUUCCGUGCUGUUUUGAGAACAUGAUAACAUUUAUAUGGCUUUUCUACUUCUGCCGAAUACACUGAGGGUCGGAUGGACUGCCUUUGCAUCUUACUAAAGAAUCAGUCUCAAUUCAGGCAGGUUUGUGAAAUAGCUGGGGGUCUAUGUGUUCUGAACUGUGUGGUGUUCUUAUAACUUGACUGAAAUGCUAGCCAGGAGGAUGCCGCAACACUGCAUUACUUCAUUACUUUGGAGUUUGUCUAGAAUUCUCUUGUCAAAAGAAAGUAAAUUAAUAAAUUACUAUUCCAUUCUUGAACUUGAAGUUCUAAAAUUAAUGUAAGGAGUAUGUAGGUUGUUAAUCCCUAUCUACUAGUCUUUAAGAGUAAGUCAGACCUAAAGAUUUCAGAAAUUAUUUCUGUUUGUCCUUUAUCAGACAUGGUUUUUAGUUUUGCUUGAUUUUAUUUUCUAUACAAACUCAGAUUUUAACUGGAUAAAUUAAAUCUCUAACAAGAAAAAUUGAAUAAGUUAUUUCACGUAUCUCACUGGUUAAUGUUGUAUUGUAUUAAACUUUCUCUCUCCUGUUUGUUCACUUUGGCACCUUACAAUUCUGUCAGACACAUCUGUCAAUCGUAACAUCCUUGGGGUAUAUAUAUAUAUAUUUGAUUUGGCAACAUUGUUGUGUCCUAAAACUCAAGAGACACAUGGCAGUACGCUCUUUGACUCACAUGCGGUAUAAAAUAAGCAUCCUUUGGAUCUGUAUAAUAAAGCAUGGAAUUGGGGAGGGAAAACCGUUUUUAUGUUUAGAGGAACGGGUUCAGGGUUUUUGACUUUUGUUUUAAAUGUAAAUUGAUAAUCUUUUUAUAAAAGGUAAAUACCAUUAUUUGGUGCCUUUGUUUGUAAACCAAAAAGUAAUAAAUGAAUCCCUAUAUUUCUA